AGAACGAUUUUUUCAGUUUUAUUUUCGUUUGAAAAUUGUCACAAAUUUGUAGUUUUCCCACACAAAACAAAAUUCCCGCACUCGAACACAACUUCGCGACUCGAGCAAGAUGAGCCAACAGCAGCAGCACGGCCAUGGCAAUGGCAACGGCAACAGCGCCGGCGUGCCGCCAACCACGCUCAUGUAUUCCCAAUUGCAGCCCUGGAGCCAUGCGGGUGCCCCGCCCUGCAUGGAGCCAGUCAGCGGACCGACAGUGCCGCCCCGCGUGGGCGCCGCUUUCCAGACAUCGCAGCGACAUCCGUGGCGGCCGGCCAUGGCCUAUGAGCUGAUCGAAGUGAAGCAUUUGCCGGAGCAGCCGGUGACCAAUCAGCUGACGAAGCAAUGCUUCCUGCCCAAGGGCAUGAAGACUGAUGGCAUGAACUUUCCCAAUUUGGUCACCGGCUUCGAUCGCAAUCCCCAGCAUGCCGCGCGGGCGGCACUCUACACGCGAUACACCAACAACGAGUGGUACAACAACAACAUGACCAAGUACUCGGAAUCCAACAUAAAUCGCAAUCUAUCCGAGCGUAUGCGCAAUGAUGCUGUGCGCCUGAUGCGCGAGGCUGACGAGAAGGCCACCGCGGGGCAGCGAGAUGCAGGCCGUCGACUGGGCGAGCGCAUCACCGAUCUGACCUUUUGGCGCAACGAGCUAAAUGCCGAGCUGGAGAAGCUAAUUGCCGAGAUGGCGGACAUCAACGAGCUGCAGCGGCAGUGCGGCAAGGCACUGUUGGAUCUGGAGAUACCGCUACACAUCGCCCAGGAGUGCUUGUUCCAUCGCGAGUCGCGCCAGGGCACCGAGAAGGUGCACGACAUCGUCGAGAAGGCGCUGCUGGUGGAGAUAAACAAUCUGAGGUUGUCGCGCGACCGGCUGAGUGGACUGCACGAGAAGAUCUCGAAGCAGGCGCUCGAUUGCCGCGGCGCCCAGCAUCUGCUUGAGAGUGAUGUGUCCCACAAGGAGUCGUCGCUGGGCAUCGACUCGAUGUGUCACCAGCUGAACAACUACAGUCGCGGCAUCGCCUAUUAUGGCGGCAUCGAGAAGUACGAUCCCUCAGUCAGCACCCAAGAGUCGUGGGCGCAGGCCAGCAGCGAGCAUGUCACACGUUCGCAGGCUGAGCGUGCCAAGCUAUCGCAGUUGCGCAGCGAUUCACAGAAUGUGGUCAAUGCUGUGGCCGCCACUGUGUGGGACUUUUGGAGCAACACAAACAAUGCGUUCGACCGACGGGCCCAGGAGAUGGCCGAGGCCAAGAACCGCGUGCAGCUGCACUUGCAGAAGGUGCAGCAGGAGCUGUUCGACAUGGAGAAGCAUCUGUUUCUGCUCCAGAAGGCCAUACAGGACAAGUCGAUGCCACUCAAGGUGGCCCAGACACGCCUCGAGGCGCGCUGUCAUCGCGAGGGCGUCGAGCUCUGCAAGGAUCAUGCCCAGGAUCGCUUGAUCCAGGAGGUGUAUGAUAUUCAGAGCGCUGUGGAUUCGCUCCACCACAAGCUGCAGGAGUCGGAGGCCACACAUCAGGGCCUGCUGAAGACCCGCUGCUCCCUGGAGGUGGACCUGCGCAACAAGGUCAAUGCCCUGUUCAUCGAUCGGGAGAAGUGCAUGAGUCUGCGUCGCUCCUUCCCAGUCAGCAACUUGAUUCGCUAUUAAAAUCGUUGCAGUUCUAAUUUAUACUCGCACACAUACA